CAUUAGAGCUUUCCAUCUUUCGCUUGCAUCGCACUCGCUUAGACAGUGUUAAAUGAAGGCGCUCAUCAUGGCAGUUUUGGCGCACCUGUACCCAGCUGUGUUUUUGGCUUGCGCGUGGAUGUCACUGUUCGGACCGAUUUCAUGUCACACCGGCGUUAUAAACCAGAGAAACGUACGGGACCGAGAGCUUGACAGCCGCGGUGGGCAUGUCGCUGGCAGAGAUGAAGCGCUUAUCUCAGCGCACAGCCGCGGAGAUUACAACGGGGUCCGAGUCCGGAGGGCAUCGACUCCGGAGAAAGUCUCUCUACUCAGCAGCUCUUUCGUCCUUAAAGGGGAUGCCACCCACAACCAGGCAAUGGUCCACUGGACGGGGGAAAAUAGCAGCGUCAUCCUCAUUCUCACUAAAUAUUACCAUGCAGACUCCAACAAAGUUCUUGAGAGUUCCCUUUGGAGAUCCAGUGAUUAUGGGUCAACCUACACCAAGCUCAACUUGAUGCCUGGGACAACCAUCAUAGUCACAAACUUCUACAUCUGUCCCACCAAUAAGAAAAAGGUGAUCUUGGUGAGCUCCAGCAUCAAUGAACGUGACCAGAUGCUCUUCAUCAGCACAGAUGAGGGUUCAUCCUUCCAACGGCAGCCUGUCUCCUUCACCGUGGAUACACUCCUUUUCCAUCCAUCUGAGGAAGACAAACUUUUGGCUUACAGCAAGGAGGCGAAGCUGUAUAUCUCCACCGAUCUGGGUCACAAAUGGACUCUGCUACAGGAGCGUGUUACUAAAGACAGAGUUUUCUGGGCCGUUACGGGGGCGGAUGUGGAUCCUGAUUUGGUUCAUAUGGAGAUUCAAGACAUCGGUGGUGGAUACCUUUAUGUGACAUGUCUCAUACAAAAUUGCUCUGAUAAAAUGGUGACAGCACAGUUCUUGGGGAAGAUUGACCACAAUUCCCUCUCAGUGCAAGAUGAAUACAUAUUUGUGAAGGUAACUACAGGAAAUCGAACCAAGUAUUACGUCUCAUAUCGAAGGAAUGAAUUUGUUCAGAUGAGAUUCCCUAAAUAUGCCCUUCCAAAGGAUGUGCAAAUUGUGAGUACAGAUGAGAAUCAGGUAUUCCUGGCUCUGCAGGAGUGGUAUCAAACAGACACGUACAACCUCUACCAGUCAGAUCCACAAGGAGUCUAUUACUCCAUUGUGUUGGAGAACGUCCGCAGCACCAAGCAGCCUGAAGAGAAUGUCCUGAUCGACAUCCUAGAGGUUCGUGGCAUCAAGGGCGUAUUCUUAGCCAAUCAAAAAAUAGAUGGAAAAGUGAUGACUCUCAUUACCUACAACAAAGGCAGAGACUGGGAACCACUGGCUCCUCCCACAACUGAUAUGAAUGGCAAACCUGCCAGCUGCAAGCAGCCUGACUGUCACCUCCAUCUCCACCUGCGCUGGGCUGACAACCCUUAUGUAUCUGGAACAGUCCACACUAAAGAUUCUGCCCCAGGCCUCAUAAUGGGUGCAGGUAACCUCGGGUCUCAGCUGGUUGAAUAUAAAGAGGAGAUGUACAUCACCUCAGACUGUGGCAAGACCUGGAGACAGGUUUUUGAAGAAGAGCAUCACAUUCUUUAUCUGGAUCAUGGCGGUGUCAUUGUGGCCAUCAAGGACACCUCAAUCCCUUUAAAAAUACUCAAGUUCAGCACAGAUGAAGGACGAACAUGGAGCAUCCACAACUUCACCAGUACUUCUGUAUUUGUGGAUGGACUUUUGAGCGAACCUGGAGAUGAGACGCUGGUUAUGACGGUAUUUGGCCACAUAAGUUACCGUUCGGAUUGGGAGCUGGUGAAGGUGGAUUUCCGACAGUCGUUUCCCAGGCAGUGCACAGAAGCUGAUUAUGACUCCUGGAAACUCACUGACCUACAGGGAGAGAAAUGCAUCAUGGGCCAGGAGCGAAUGUACAGGAGGAGGAAAGAGUCAUCGUUCUGCAUUAAAGGGAAGAGCUAUACAUCAGCUUUAACAGAUAAACCAUGCCAGUGCACAGAGAAAGACUUUGCCUGUGACUACGGCUUUGAGCGUGCUCCCAGCCUCCGGUUAGAGGGGGAUCGCUGUUAUCCUGACUUCUGGCAUGAUCCUGACGCUCCACCUGAAAACUGCCACUUAGGACACAGCUACAAGUCCAGCACAGGUUACCGGAAGGUCAUCACUAAUGUUUGUGAGGGUGGCUUGAAUAAAGAACAGAGCGCGAAGCAGCAUUCCUGCCCUCUGCUGCCCCCUAGAGGUCUGCAGCUGGGCAUCAAAGGACAGAUGCUGGCUGUGGCACCUGGUGAUGACAUCACUUUUAUAGUCCAUCAGGAACAGGGUGACACCACCAGCACCAGAUAUCAGGUGGAUUUAAUGGAUGGCGUCAGGGCUAUAUAUGAAAACCUGACUGUCACAGAUGAACCCAUUCAGCACCGUUAUGAGAAGCCAGGUGUUUACCGUGUCAAUGUGAAGGCUGAAAACUCUGCUGGACAUGACCAAGCCACACUUUACAUCCAGGUCACAGCUCCUCUUCAAGAUGUCCAUCUGGAGGUGGUCCCAAUCGCUGGCAGAAAUCAAGAAGUAAAUCUCACAGCUAUAGUGCUGCCCACUGAGGCAAACCUUACCGUGUUUUACUGGUGGAUUGGAGAUAACCUUCAGCCGAAGCUGUCCCUGGAGAACAGUCUGAUUACAAGGUUCUCUGAGGAGGGGGAAGUUCCUGUGACAGUUCAGGCUUCUAAUGGUCGAUCCAUGGUACAGGACAGCAAGAUUAUCAUUGUCUACGAUCAUUUCCAGGUCAUCCCAUUGAGUUUCAGUCGUAAUUUGGAUCGCUUUAACCCAAACAUCCCUGAAUGGAGACAAGAUGUGGGACAAGUCGUAACCAAGAUUCUUGCAAAGCUCACAGGGGUUCCUCGGGACUCUUUGGUGACCAUGGUGAAGCCUGGUCUUCCCACCACCGCAGACCUCUAUGUUCUUCCUCAAGAGAGCACACCAGUGAAGAGGAGUGUGUUUGUGGAUAAGCGUGUUCCCACUAUAAAGCAGGUUCUGAGUGAGAACAAUGUGAGCUUCAUUGUGAGAGGAGGGUUAAGAGUAUUGGUGACUCUGGCGGACUCAGAUAGAGGUUCUCGUCUGGCUGCAGCAGGUCCAGGUGUUUGGGCUCUAGCUGUCUUUCUCCUCAUCAGUCUGAUCUCUGCUGCAGCAUUCAUACUCUUCAAGUUUAAAAGGAAAAACUACAAAAACCAUGGUUCCUUGCUGAGGCCAGAGGAGAGCAGCCUAAUGCAUCCCUGGCUGCGUUUCAGAAAACUGCCGGGACGAAACGUCUAUGCUCAGAUGCACAAUGAGAAGGAGCAGGAAAUGACCAGCCCUGUCAAUCACAGUGAGGACACACAGAAUAUCAUUCAAGGCGAGGAGUUCAUUGAUGACGACCUUGACUCGCAGACACUAGGUAACGCUGGAGGCAACCACUCAGGAGUGGUGUUGAGCAUAAAUUCAAGGGAGCUGCACAGUUACCUGACCAGCUGAUGACCAAUGUGAAGGUGCCGGUGAUGAGCACAACAGACUAUGCCUUCCUCCUCUCUCCAGAUCUGACCCUUCAGACACCCUUACAGGAGAGAGAUCAGACACACACCUGCACCAAACCUUCUCCUCCUCUCUCUAUCUUCUCUCUGUCUUUUCCAGCCUCCGUUCCCUCAUUCCACGAGGUGGAUUUUGUGCCCAUCUGCUGCGCCUCGGCUUCACUGAUGAUCACAUACGCACACUUACAUUUGUUGGUCUCUGCACCCUGCAAUCUGUCUCAUCCCUGUCCACCUUCUCUCUCAUCUCUUCUCAUUAUUAUUCUUAUCACAGGAGCAUGGAAUCAGCCCCACCUACUAACUCCCAGGGAGAACCUCAUUGACAAAUGCUUUAUUCCAUCUUUUGUUAGUUUUGUCUUUCAGUCUGAAUAGUGUUUUUGACUCUUGUGGUCACUGUAAAACUCAGAUUAGACAGAUAGGUGAGUGAAGCUGCGCAGAUGCAGUGCAGUGCAAGAUAUGAUUCACAUUUCAUUCAGGGGAAGCAAUGUUUGUUAGAUAUAGCCAAAGGGAAAACACCCUCUUUUCCUUGUAUUGUAAAAAAAAAUUUAGUAGAAUUUUUAUAUGCAAUAACACAUCUCUUGCUUUAAUCAAUAACUAAAUCUAUUAUUUUGCCCCGUUUCAUGAUUAUGCUAUGCAGUAAAGUCGUCAUUUUUGUCUGCCUCAUCUGAUGCUGCAACACAUCAGUGACGUUUUUCUUUUACUGUUCCACAUCAUUAAUAUCUAUAGUGGAAUUGGUAACUUCAACGAUGAUGUAAAACUUAUUAAAGGGGUCAUAUGAUGCGAUUUCAAUUUUUCCUUUCUCUUUGGAG